AUGAAAACAUGUUACUAUGAACUACUAGAGGUUUCAUCGAUUGCUUCAGACUCCGAGUUAAAAAAAGCCUACAGAAGAAAAGCCCUACAACUUCAUCCAGAUAAGAAUCCAGGCAAUGUUGAAGAAGCCAAUCACAAAUUCUCACUUGUAUCUGCUGCAUACGAAGUACUCAGUGAUCCACAAGAACGUGCGUGGUAUGAUUCUCACAAGCUGAGUAUUUUGAAUGAUGAUGAUGUGGUUGAUGAUGGUGUAUCUCAUAUCCCAUCGAUUUCAAGUGAGGAGGUUUUACGGUAUUUCAAUCCUAGCAUGUAUUCCACUAUUGAUGAUUCGAUUCUGGGAUUUUACUCUAUAGUCAGUCGAAUAUUUGAGAGGUUAGCCCGAGAAGAGAUCCAGCAUGGUAAGUAUCAAAAUAUUGAUGAGUUUUACAGGUACAAAGAUGAUGAUAAUAAUGUGUACACUAUUGACUCAAGUUACUUGAAAUAUCCAUUAUUUGGCAACAGCCAUGCUGAUUACCUAUCGAUAAAGCAGUUUUACCAAAUUUGGUCAAAUUUCACCACUUGCAAACUAUUUAAUUGGAGACAUGAGUAUCGUUAUUCAACAGCACAAGAUCGUCGAACUAGAAGGUUAAUGGAACGAGAAAAUAAGAAAUUAAGCGAUGAAGCUCGAAAAGAGUAUAACGAAACAAUACGAAAGUUUGUUGGAUUCAUAAAGAAACGUGAUCCUCGAGUUAAAACAGCUCAAGAGGAAUUUAAUAAACAACAGCGUAAAAAACAAAUGGAAGAAAUGCAGCAGCAAAUUCUUCGUCAAAAGUUGAUGAAGCAAAAGACAAAGUUGAAUGGAGAUCAAGUAUAUCAAGAACAGAGUUGGCAGAAGUUGGAUGAUAAUGAAGUAGCUGAAUUAGAACAAAUGUUAGCUGAAGAGUACGAUCUUGAUGAAGUAGUGGUUGCCGAUGAUGAUGAUGAUUAUGAACCAAGUACAGAUUCAGAAUUUGCUAGCGAUGAUAAUGAUAAUUUGAAUGACGGGGAUGGAGGGGCUGAAGAAGUGCAUGAGUUUGAAUGCAUUGUUUGUGAUCGAAUUUUGAAAAAUGAACAGCAAUUUAAAAUCCAUGAACAAAGUAAAAAGCAUAAGAAAGCCGUAAGGCAGAUGAAAUGGGAAAUGAAACAAGAAGGGAUUGAUUUAGGUAUUGACGAGGAAGAGGACGAUGAUGCAUUUGAGACUGCGGAAAGUGAGUUUGGUGAGGAAGAUGAAGAUGUGGAGGAAGAAGUAGCUGAUGAUACUCAGGAUGAACCAUAUGUUCUUGAUGACAACGAAGUAGCAAAUGACAGUUUGGGAGGAGCUAAAGCUGAAACAAAUCACAAUCAUAAUGGCUCUGCCAAUGACAAGCAAGAAGAGAACGACGGACACAUCAAUUAUCUGAAGCUGAAAAAAGUCAAGGUUGAUCACGAUGUAUCCAAAGACGCAAAUUCCCCACCAGAAGCACCUAAACUCACCGAUGAAGAAGUGGAAAAGAACAAACUAGAAACAGAAUUAGCCAAACUACUCAACCAAUCAAAAUUGGAUGAUUCUGAUGAUGACUGGGAUACUGGAAAUAAAAAGGGCAAGAAAAAGAAAAAGAAAGCCACAACAAAAUCAAAAACUAGUUCAAUGUCAUCACCGCAACCACAAACACUGCAGGAUGCAUCAUCUAAAGAGACAACACCUAUGGCUUCUGGUGGUCAUGAGAAAUGCGUUGUUUGUGGUCAGUCAUUUGAAUCACGUAAUCAAUUAUUCCAGCAUGUCAAGCAAGAAGAUCAUGCUGUAGCUCCAUCCUUAGCAUCAACAGCUUCAUCGGGCUCUAAAUCUAAAAAGAAGAAAGCCAAACGUAAAUAG